CCCCAGCAGUCCCAUAAAGAGCUGUCCAGGCGGGUCCACUCGUUUUCAAGUUGCAAGGCGCUUCUCCGGGGCUGCUGUGGCUCCCUAGUUCCACCCUCAAGCCAAGGCCGGGCUGCAAGGCCUCUGCGGUGCGAAGGCCCGGUAAACUGGCUGAGCACUCGAAAAACACCCUCGAAUCGGUGGAAGACCAUCGGCCAAGGAUUGUACUCAGUUUAUGGAGCCGUCCAGAUACCCGUCGUCCGGGUAACCAGACUGCGAACGCGCAUGCGCAGCCCAGUACCCUUAUUACAUGAGGCCAAGGCGCAGGAGGGCGGGGCGGGGGGCGACCGAGGCUCGCCCGGGCCCUUGGCCUCUGGGUUCUCGGGGCCGGGCCAGCGGAGGCGGGGCGAACCGCUGCCCUAUUGCGUGGCGGUGACUCACAGCUCCCGCCCCUUUUUGCUUUGCUCUCUUGCGGCUCGUUCCUCGUACCACGUGCUUUCCUGGCCGCUCCCCCAGCUGCCUGUUGGAAGCCGCUGUAAAAUGUCGUGAGGGGCGUUGCCGCUUUACGGUUGCCUCUCCCAGACCAGAGCCCGGGAGCGCCCACCGCCGUCAGCCGCGACUGCUGGAGUCAGCCCGGCGCAGAGUGCGAGGCCCGGCGUACCACUGUCUUCCCCUUCGCGCCCUUCUGGCCCCCGGCGAUGUGACUCCGAGGAGGCCGUGGUGCCCCCUGGCCCGGGGUUGAGACGGGCGGCAGGUGCCUGCGAGGCGGGCGGGUGCUGGGGGCCAGCAGGAUGGAGGAAAGCAUGGAAGAGGAGGAGGGGGGCAGCUACGAGGCGAUGAUGGAUGACCAGAACCACAACAACUGGGAGACCGCUGUGGAUGGCUUCCGGCAACCCCCACCACCCCCUUCGUCGAUCCCAGCUCCUGUCCGAGAGCCUCCGCGGGGGCAGCUGCUGGCGGUGCCAGCGGUCUCGGUGGACAGAAAAGGCCCCAAGGAAGGGCUCCCGUUGGGGCCGCCGCCACCGCCGGAGCCUAAUGGGGUGAUCAUGAUGUUGAAGAGCUGCGACGCGGCGGCCGCCGUGGCCAAGGCGGUCCCCGCCCCCACCCCCAGCUCCACCAUCAACAUCAACACCUCCACUUCCAAGUUCUUGAUGAAUGUUAUAACUAUCGAAGACUAUAAGAGCACAUACUGGCCAAAAUUGGAUGGUGCCAUAGAUCAGCUUUUGACCCAGAGUCCUGGAGACUAUAUCCCCAUCUCCUACGAACAGAUUUACAGUUGUGUGUAUAAAUGUGUAUGCCAGCAGCACUCGGAACAGAUGUACAGUGAUCUGAUUAAAAAGAUUACUAAUCACUUAGAGAGAGUCUCAAAGGAGCUGCAGGCCAGCCCUCCUGAUCUCUAUAUCGAAAGAUUUAAUAUAGCUCUUGGACAAUAUAUGGGAGCCUUGCAGAGCAUUGUGCCUCUUUUCAUAUAUAUGAAUAAGUUUUACAUCGAAACCAAGCUUAACAGAGACUUAAAAGAUGACCUUAUAAAGCUGUUUACGGAACAUGUUGCAGAAAAGCACAUUUACAGCCUAAUGCCUUUACUUUUAGAAGCCCAGUCGACACCGUUUCAGGUCACACCUUCCACUAUGGCAAAUAUCGUGAAAGGCCUGUACACUCUCAGACCAGAGUGGGUGCAGAUGGCCCCGGCUCUGUUUUCCAAGUUCAUCCCGAACAUCCUCCCCCCCGCGGUGGAGUCCGAACUCUCCGAGUACGCCGCGCAGGACCAGAAGCUGCAGCGGGAGCUCAUGCAGAACGGUUUCAUGAGAGGUGACCAGUCCCGGAAGAGAGCGGGGGAUGAGCUGGCUUACAACAGCUCCUCAGCGUGCGCGAGCUCCAGGGGGUACAGAUAGUGAACGUGCUGCGUGUGCUUUCCUCCCGGAAACAAGGACGCGCCGGAGCCGCCGCGGAGACUGUACCCGGGGCGCAGCGGGCCCUGCCCGCCGGAGCUCCGUCUCACAGCUGUUCUUGGAAGAGGACGUCGGACUUCUCACUCUGACUUGUAAUUUUAAAAAACAAAAAACUAACAAGAAAACUGUCGGUUGCUGCUAGACUUGGGGCUGAUUUUGAAAUGGGCUAAUCCAUCUGUAGAUUCUGUGAGGGACAGGCACCUUGAAAAGGGAUGUUUUUAUAGGCGAAACCCGGCGGCCCAAAUCAGCAGCUUUCUCCAAAAACGUAAGCGCGGAAGAAUUGUUUUUAAGCACUGUUUCACUCCCUCGUGGGCCUGGCACUCGGCACACCGGUUUCACACGUCAAGAUUCCUUUUGCUUUCAAGUCAAGCAGAUCAUUACGAUACAGUGUUUCUCACCCAUAACCAAACAGACCCCUUUGAGAGAGUUGGUCUUCGUGUAGCAUUAGAAAGUCCCGUGAGAGGAAACUGCUCACCCUGCUUUUGCUCUUCCUUCCCCCCCGUUAGCUCACAACUCUUUUCUCCUCUGUGCCUUGAGCUCUGUGCACUUUGCAGCUCUGUGACCGUGCGGUCAGACUCACACCUGCGUCCCGAAAAGGUGGGUGGUGUCACAGACUCACCCCCCGUGAGAUGUCAGGUAUGACUUCGCAGUGGGGCGCUGAGCGGGUGGGCGACAGAACCCUGUCGCGUGUGGAUCGGAUUCCCCCGCCUCCCGUGGCACACCCGUGUCAUUGCUGGGGACCAGCUCUCGCAGAACAUUGCCAUUCCCCCUCGCACCGCACACGGCGCACCGGCUGCUGGAGCGUCGGCGUCGCGCUGCUUCAGGGGCAGCCAGUGCUCUGGCCCCGAGGCCCCCCCUUGAUGUUGGGGGUCAUCCAGCAGUAAGCUGGCUCCCGUGAUGCUCUAGGAGGCAGACAGGUUAUUGCAUCCGAGGAUCAUCAGUGGUGUGGGACCCUUGAUCCGUUUAAUUUUAAAUGGGUCAGAGAAGUACUUUAAGUCUGCAGUCUGCAUCUUUUAUUUUUUUCAUUUUUAAAAAUUUUUAUUUAUGUUUUGAGUCCAGCAGGGAAGCAGCACUGCUGUUGUAAGCCCCCCCCAGCGGUGGCAGAGCCGUGUUCUCUGUUUCUCUGCACCCGCAGUGCUGUUUGGGUCCUGUUCAGACUCGGAAGCUUAUUCUGGUUCUUGGAAGGCAAAGAAAAAUAGAUGUGGUAAAAGAAAAAAAUUUUUUUCCUCAGUUCUGUGUGAAUCUAAAAGGUGAGCAUUCAGCGAGUCCGUGAGGCCGUGUCAGACUAGUAUUUACUCUCGGAGAAGUCAGGGCGGGAAAGGGAGACGUUGGGGACCCUGUCACACCUCCGACGAGCAGGUGUUCCCCGAGGGCUGUCUCUGCCGGCAUGGUCUGUCCUUCUUGGGGGGAAGGGGAGGGCGGGAGCCCUGGAAGUGUGCUCCUGGGAGCAAGUGCGUCAUCUGCCAGAAGUCCUGUGUUUGUAAAAUGACUCUCCAGAGAGGCAAAAGUAAAGGUGGUGAGAUUCAUUUUUUAAAGUACUUAGUCAGCCAGAGUUGGUGGAGUCUGUGGAGGACUUGAGUUAGGCUCAUGAGCUCUGUGUAGUGGAUUGUGCUGAUAAACGCUGAACGACUGGGAGGGGUGUGGGCCCUCACCGGCCUUGUGUAGUUUGGUUCGCUGCACCAGGGACAUCCCAGUACCAAGGGGAAGUUCCGUUUUACCACGAAGGCCAAAUUUUAUUUUUUCAGUGGAAUGUUGCUGCAGGCUUAUAAAUAACACCUGCGACUAAAGUCUCUCCGGGAUGGUUUUAAUAUUUCUGCAAGGAAUAAAAUUGGAAUUUUUAAAAAAUGGUUCAGUAUUUUAAUAAUAUACCCAAAUGCUUUUUCUGGGAGAGACUGUUCUUUGGCCGACAACAGAACUUUCUCUAUAAAAGCAUUGUAUUAUGAUACGAAUUGGCAUUAAAAUCUUUGGAUGUAUUUGCAUUAUUAAGUUAAUGGAGAAAAAUUUUAUAUUGUCUUCUUUUAUUAUUAUAACAUGUAUGUGAACAACACGUCAGCAGAAUCUGUAGAGUUUAGUUUCCCUGAGCUUUGUGCAGUGAGCGCAGCCAGGCCCGGGCCCAGCUCGGUACUGCAGAGCUGUGGUGGGCCAGGCGCCGGGGCGGGGCAAGCCCACCUCCUCCCAGCGCCCCUGACUGUCGGCUGUCGGCGCUCGUCCGCACCCCCGAGGCACGUGGCAGUAGGAGGGAUCUAUUUCUGUAUUUCAAGGCAGAGUGACCUUGCCUAUUUCAUUGGGAUUCUUAACCAAAUUCUCACGUUUCAACAUGAGAAGAAGUAGGAUUUGUCCUCCAUUUGGUUUUGAUGAAGCAUUGUGUGCCAGAAAGUAUUUUCUCAUGUUGACUUGUGUUCUCGCCAGUUGGAGUGUAUAGUUUCUCCCCCUGUGAAAUCCCGGCCUCUGUGGGCUGGGUCAGAACAUCAGCCACGCGGGCUGUUCCCUGGUGUGUCGGCACACGCAGUCAGUUUGGCUCAGCUGCGGGGGUGGGGGGGGGCCCCGGAUGUGGCCUCUCCCUCCCAAGGGAGCCGGUUCAGUCCCACUGAGAUGUGACGUCAGUCCCACUGAGAUGUGACAUGGAAGAGCGUCAGCAGGUGACAGCUGGUUGGAGAGAUGGUGCGUGUUUUAAAGUUUGGCCCCAAUCUUCAGUAACAAUGCCGUCUUGUGCCCUCUUGUCACAGAUGCACCAGCCCAGCACACCUUUGGUGUCCUCUGGGGACAAAAGCAAACCCUGAAGUUCUUAGGGAGAGUCAGUGAGAAGAACACCAACCUGGACGCAGGGGUUGUGCGUUAGUACAUUUGUGGAAAGGUUACAUGUUUUCUGUCCCUCUCACAAGUUUGAGGCAGCUGCCCUCCGUUUCUUUGGGGUGUAGGAUGAGAGCUGAUCUGUGGGUGAGAGAUUGCAGAAGAACGAUGCCCAAGGCCAAGGCCAAGGCCAGCAACGCCGCCCGCGCGUCCCCAGCGCUGCAGCCCCACAGAGCUGCCAGUCCCCUUGCUACACGCUUUCUGUCGGGUUGCAGAUUUGCACACACAAAGAAUUCCUCAGGAAGAGUUUGCACAUGCAUCACCUCGCAAUGUUCUGUACAGACUGAGCAGGGAUUUGAACGUCCUUCAGCACAAGGAGAACUUCAGAGCGGCUGUUGGUGCCUGCGUGCCAGCAGAGCUCCUGGCCACCCAGCGGACAGCUCGCUUCCUGCGGCCGUGAGCCGGAGCACCUGCGUCGGCGCCUUGGAUGAGCCUGUGGACUCCUCCAGAGCAACCUUCCAGGUCCGCCACCGUCUUAGCGAGGCCGGCUGUGUUUUCCUCUCUGUUCUUUCUGUUUCAUCUCAAUUGUGCGCAUGAUUAUCAUGCAAGAUGUAUUGCCCUUAAGCCCAAAGUCAGUUGUUUAAUAAGCAGGUAGUAUUAAAAUAACAUUGUUUUAGGAAUAUACACUAAUCUGAGAUAUUAAAAAACGUUACAACUAAAAACCAACACAAAAUAACCUACUUUUGCUAUCCAUUCAUUGUUUGGAUGUUUUGAGUUGAUUUUUUUUCCCCCCUAUGGUGUCUCAUUGAGCUUCAGAGUACUAUGUUUACUUUACUGCAGGUCUGGGCCCCUUAAGGGGACUUUGAAAUUUAAGAUCAGAAUGUGAAUUCCUUGACUGAUGCUUAUAAGAGGUGUAUAGGGCCUUUUUGUGUGUGAUUACUGUUCUCAAUAUGAUUGCAUAAGAUGAAGUUCAUGUUUAUCAGAAGUUAAAAUAGAGGUCCUAGAAGCUCAUGGAGAAAUGGCUUUUUGAUUAUUUUCAUUACCUUGUUGAAAUUUGCCCCAGUUUCUGGCCACUGGAAUACAGGGUGGGGCAAAAGUAGGUUUCUAGUGGUUGUUAUGGAAAAAUAAUACAAUAACUAAUCAGUAAUAGUACAGGAAUAAACUCAUGUGUUCCGCGUGCUCGCAACUGUAAACCUACUACUUUUUCCCCACCUUGUAUGUGAGAGGAACCCUCUUCUUGGGAAAGAAUGCUUUUCUGUCCCCACCGUUUAUUACCGUCAUUGACACUCCUCCGUUGGCUGAGACCCUGCUCUGAGCCUCUGUCCACAGCGGGUGGUGCGAGCGCACACACUGUUCCUGCUUGUGCUGGCGCAGUGGCCACGGGGAGAACUCGGAAAGGGCUACUCGGGGGUGCGCUCUCGCGAGACCCCGCUGUGCGCGGCGCCCCUGCCGGGUGGAAGUUGUCUUCAUUUCUGGUUGGACCGGAUUGUCGAGAAAAAUGUUCAUGGCUUACAAGUCUGGGUGAAUUCUGUGGUUUGAAAAAAAUAAAUAUUUUCUAUUGAUUCCCAGAUGUCAUUUUAAUGUUGUGACUCUGUACUAAACUCAGCGAGACUGGAGAGUCUCUUCGAAGGGUGUGUUCUGUUAAACAGAUGACGAUUUAAUCGCUCACACAAGGCCUGUUUGCCGGCAUCACAGCUGUGCAGGUCGUGGGGAGCUGUGGCUGGAAACGGGGGUGCUCGUGAGUGAAGGGGAGGGGUCAAGGCGGACAGGAGGCUUGGCUCCCCCACCAGCACAGCUGGAGCCUCCGCAAAGCAGUGAAAUCUAGGCUCUGGUGCUGCUCGUUUUUGGAAAGCAGGGGGCCACUUCGAACGAGGUGUUCUGUGCAUCAGCCUUUCACAAGUCCGAGAAAAACUCCCUGACCGGAGGUUCAAAGCCACUGACUCUGGUUUUGACCUUUGACUUUGCUGGUUUUGCAUCAGUCCUGCCGUAUUAGGGUAUAAACCAUCACUCUAAAACAUUGCAGUUCAUGAAAUAAAGACAGAUGUGCUUGGC